AUGGUUAGUCUAAGGCAUUUAGAAAUUUUCCCCAAUAUCCGAAAUCACAGGCAAAUGCCCUCACACAUGAGCAAGUUGAUUCAUCUUCAAACACUAUCACAGUUUGUAGCAGGGUUUGAAAAUGGUUGUAAAAUUGAAGAACUUGGACCACUGAAAAAUCUCAGAGGUAUAUUACAGCUUUCAUGUCUCGAGCGAGUAGAAAGUAAAGAGGAAGCAGUAGCUGCAAAAUUGGUUGAAAAGAAGAAUUUACAUGAGCUGAUCUUGGAGUGGAGUUCGGAUUUUGAAGGAAACGACGGUAAUGAGUUGGAAGUAUUGGAAGGGCUUCAACCACACCAAAAUCUUCAAUCAUUGACUAUUACAGAAUAUAGAGGCCAGGUUUUGGGUGAUGCUAUCUUUGUUGAAAAUUUGGCUAUGAUACAUCUGCGUGAAUGUCGAAACUGUGAGAGACUUCCAAUGCUUGGACAAUUACCAAACUUGGUGGAACUUUACAUUGAUUCUAUGAACAGUUUGAGAUGCAUGGGAAGUGAGUUUUAUGGAAAUGGCUCCAACAACCAAGGACAUUCAUUUUCAAAGUUGAGGAAGCUUUGGUUCAUUGGGUUGCCCAAUUUAGAACAGUGGGAAGACGCAACAGUGGUAUCAAAUAGCUUUGGAUCUCUUCAAACUCUAUUUGUUUCUGGAUGUGGAAAAUUGAAAAAACUGCCAAAUGGGCUACAAUGUUGCAGUUCCCUUCAUGAUUUGACAGUAGCCGAUUGUCCCAAAUUGAGCUUAAAUGUGCAAAAUAUGCAUAAUUUGUCAAGUUUGAGAAUACAUGGAUUGAAGAAGUUGCCAUUGGGGUUAGGCCACCUCACUAACUUGAAAGAAAUGAAAUUUGUUGGGUGCAUGCAAGAUUACGACUUUACUCCUUUCGUAAGCCUACAGUCUCUGAUCAUAAAGCUUGAGUUGAGAGAUGAGUGCUCAGGAAAUUGCACACAACUUCCUCCACAUUUGCAACACCUCACUGCCUUGAAACAAUUAUCCAUUGGAAAUUUUGGGGGCAUUGAAGUUCCACCAGAAUGGUUGAACAACCUUACGUCUUUGGAAAUGUUGAGUUUUGAAGGUUGCGGGAAUUUGAGACGUCUGGCUUCAACAGAAGCCAUACGACGCCUCACAAAUUGGAGCAUCUGA